CUUAUUUGACGUAAGACGUUAUCCAAAUUUUGGCGAGUAACAACGAGAUGAGAUAUUUUCGUUUCGUUAAUACAAAAUGCAAUAUUUUUCACCAUUUUGUACCGUAAUAAACGUUCAAUUUCUUUAUUCGAUACUAUAUCACAUGGUGAAUCAAAGACAACAGAAAGUAUACAAAAGUUAAAGAAAUUUUGAUAUUAACUUACCUUCGACGGGGACAUUGCCGCCAUUGUCGUUAUGUUGUCCUCCACUGAAAAAUAUAACCGCUGUCCAUUGCAAUUUACAUGGGUCGCUUGUUUUGUUUGUUUCCAACUGAAGAGUGUAUGCUAUUGCAACGACGGCGCUUUGUGUUUUUAUCCCUUAAAUUUCAUACCGUGUCAUAUUGUCAAAAAUGAGCGAUCGGACAACAGUCGUGAGGCGUCAUAACAGGGAUUUCGUAUCAAUCAGUCGAACUUGAGAGUCGUACUUGUUAUAUGCUAAAGCCUGAGGCGCGUAUGCAACAUACAUUUUUUAUCUCUUUACGAUCGGCAUCAGGGGUGUUCGUUUUCAUAUUACCUGUUUAAUGAUUGGGUGUUAUUACAAAAGAAACUUGUUUCGAUGACUUCAGCAGAACAUUUUAUCAGUUUAAUUACAGUAGCAAGUGCUAAGAAGUUGGCUACUGCACUUGUUGUAUGUUUUAUAUUGUAUCAUGGAUUAAUGCACCUUAUUUAUGGUAGUGAUUCAUGUAAGUGGUUAUUAACAGAAGGAAGAUAUAAAGGAGAUAAAGAAUGGCAACCUUAUGGUUGUAUGAUGCACAAUUACACACAAACGGACAGUCGAAGAUGUAUGAGAUAUCUAGCUUUCAUGGGCCACCAUAACCAUUUUGUAUUUAUUGGAGACGCUAGAAUCAGACAGUUGUAUAAGUCUUUUAUAUUACAAUUUAUAGUAGAUGUAAAAGCAUCAGAUUUAACAGACUUACCACAAAAUUCUGAUUUAAAUUUUAAUGAUGCUCAGCUUAGACUUAAUGUACAAUUCUUAUGGAGACCUCGAUUAGAUAAUUCUAUUAUAGAGGAUCUCAGAAGCUGGAUGAAAGCACCUAGUCUGAUUAUUGCAGGCAAUGCUGCAAUGACAAUUCUUGCAAAUAAUAAUAGCGAUACUCGACUAUAUUCUGAAUAUAGCAUUGGAUUAGUAAGACUUGUGCAACCUGUAGAUUUUUUAACUAAAAAGAACACACGAUUUUUAUGGGUGCUACAAGAUCCUGUGUUAAAAGAACGAUUACCAGCCCAAUUAGCUGGUAUAGAUAAUAGACAAAUUAAUUUGUGUAAUAAAGCAGCACUAAAGAUACUAUCUGACAGUGAUGCACAUUUAUGGGAAAGUAGUAAACUUGUUGGUACAGGAGUAUUGGAACAAAGCCCAGAUGGAUAUUUGGCUAGUCCUUUGUCUUUAAGACAUAAAGUUCAAAUACUAUUAAAUAUUUACUGCAACGAUCAUAUGAACUUUGACGAUGGUAGUUGUUGCAGUUACGCAGAACCAACAACAACAUUACAAUUACUAACUUUAUCCGGUCUGGCUCUAUGUAUAAUAAUUGGUGGUGGAAUGUGGUUAUACAGAAAGUUUUGUCUGUACCGACCUGAGGUAUCUUAUGUACGUGUUGCUACCACUGAAGUAGAAAAUAAUGAAGAAACAAAUACUUCUGCGGUUGUGCAGAUUGAACAACCUGAAGUACAAGAUUUCUACACUCUGAUGACAACAUUAGCUCUUUUAUCUAUUAUUUUAGCUUACUUUUAUUUAUGUGACAGAACCAAUUUUUUCAUGAAAGAAAAUAAAUACUAUAGUGAGUUCAGUUUUUGGUUACCACUUGGAUAUAUACUAGCUCUUGGAUUAUUUUUUACUGAAGAUAGAGAACGAGGACCAAGAACUUUAAACCGAGAACAAACAGAUGAAUGGAGAGGAUUAAUGCAAGCUGUGGUGUUAAUAUAUCAUGUUACUGGAGCUAAAAAUGUUUUACCCAUUUAUAUGUACUUACGAUUAAUCAACUCUGCAUAUUUAUUUCUUUCUGGAUAUGGACAUUUUUGCUACUUCUGGCAAACCGGUGAUGUCUCUCUUGUGAGAUUUGCUAGGGUAAUGUUUAGAUUGAAUUUCCUAACAGUCUCUUUAUGCCUCUGUAUGAACAGACCAUAUCAAUUUUACCACUUUGUUCCAUUAGUUUCAUUCUGGUUUUUAGUCAUUUAUUUCUUGGCAUGGUUACCACCAAGAAUAUAUUCUGGUAGCCUGACCGAAUAUGGCCCAAGAGCAUUACUUUAUCUUGCUUUGAAACUUUUAGGUCUUGUAUCAAUGAUUACCAUAUUAUACGUCUCAGAGGUAUUUUUUGAAAAAGUUUUUGUAACAAGACCUUGGAAAGCAUUAUUCGUAACAACUGAUGACGAUAUACGUGAAUGGUGGUCACGUUGGAGAGUGGAUAGGUACAGUGUGGCAUGGGGUGUAACUUUUGGAGCAGGGCUUGUUGUUUUGCAAAGGAUAGAUCACAUUCCAGGAACUGCAUUAUCUUCUGCACUGGCAUUAAUUUCUCUGACAGCUUAUACUACCUUUACAAUACUGUGUCAUUCGGUAUCAGAAUGUGAAGAAAUUCAUUCAUACGUAGGCUUUAUACCGAUUAUAGGAUACAUAGCACUUAGAAAUGCAUCAUUAGCAUUGCGUGGUAAACAUUCUGCUCUCUUAGCUGGUUUAGGACGAAUCAGUUUAGAAACUCUAGUCGCACAAGGCCAUAUUUGGCUAGCAGCAGAUUCGCAUGGUGUGUUAGUGUUAUUGCCAAGAUUUCCAGUAUUAAAUUUAUUGGUUACAUCAUUCAUCUUUAUAUGUGCAAGUCAUGAAAUACAUCGAUUAACCCAAAUUUUGGCACCAUACGCAGUUCCAAAUGAUUGGAAAUUAGUCGCACGUAAUUUGUUAUUAUUUAUUGCUGUCCUGGUACCGAUAGGUAUUCAUGAUGGAAUGUUUUAAAUGUAACAUUUUUAUAACAACUUUUCGCAUAAUAUAUGUAAAUAUUAUGUACAAUAAGCAUAUAAUUUUGUAAUAUUCUUUCAAAAACGUCUCAAAACAGAAGUAUAACAAAAAGCCCCUCCAUUAAAUUUGGUUUUCCAUUAUAAACUUUUACAAUUUAAUUAAAAUAUCCUUUAUUUAUAAAUUACAACUGUUAAAUGAAUUACUUAUCUAAAAUUUGAAAUACUAAUUUAUUAACUAUUUUUUAAAUUGGAAUUUGAACAACCAUGUUUCACUUGACUGGUAUAAACAUCAUAUCCAAGAGAUAUAGUAUUAUCAUAAAGAACUCUAUAUUUUGUUGGUAGGAAAUAGAAAUUAAAAAUUUGUGCUGGGGGCCAAAUAAUCCAUUCAGCUAUAUACAAUUUAUAAGCUUUGCUGAUAAUCUCAUUUUUUAAUUCAGACCAACUAUUUUUUUCUAAAAUGGCUAGUGUUAAGAAAAACAUUGUUAUAUAAAGUGGAGAACAAAUUAAUUGGUCAAUAACAACUUUUUUCAAAACAAUGUCAAUUGUACGCCCUGGUAAUUUGACAUCUAAAUAUUUGUACCAAUAAUGACAUAUUAUACCAACCGACAUACCAGAUAUAGCCAUGUUUUUAGUUCUCUUUGUACUAAAUUUAUCCCACUCACCCUGUAAUAAAAAUAGA